AUUGUAGGUCACGUGUGUUAAAAGAAGAAGAGAACGGGACCAUUUACUGGUUGGCUGUAUUAUUCUACCUCUUUAUAGUUUUGCUUUGGCUAGUGAUGAGAUUGUGAGUGCAUAUUGAGCGCCACGUUUUUCCUAGAAUAUAUUAAUAUCAUGAAAGUAUAAGGUUUCGACUUCGGUUGUCCACGUGCUUCGCGAUAUGUCUGCAGCGACGCUGAGCACAAGCAAGCUGAAUGUAUUGGUCAAUAAGCUGCACGAGUACUUGGCUCAUUCUACUGUUGAGGACAGCAAUGGAACACCAACCUCAGAGGAUGCAGAUGGUCUGACAAACAGGAGCUGUUCUGUGGGGAACUUGACAGGUCAUGCUGCGACAGUGGCAGGAGUUGAUACCAAAUACUCAAGGAGAAAACCAUCUGUUGUCAUAAAACACUCUGGACUGGAUGAAUCUGGGGACUCAAAUGCAAGUGAGGAUGUGGAUUUACCAGUUAAUACAAAUGGUCGCCUUGACAUCACUAGAUUACCAAAAGGCACUGUACUGGUGAGGCCUGAACCUGUUGACAAUGGAAGAGAUGACUUCAGGGGUCCUGAGUUUCGUAGCCGCAAAUCAGGCGUACUGCGGAAAGAUUUCUCCAGAAGACGUGGAGGAGUGGAACACAUGGGAAUUGUCAGUUGCACUGCAUGUGGCCGACAAGUCAACCAUUUCCAGAAAGAUUCCUUCUUUCGGCAUCCAGUUCUGAAAGUACUUAUUUGCAAGUCUUGCUACAAGUAUUAUUCAAGUGAUGACAUCAGUAAGGAUGGAGAUGGAAUGGACGAGCAAUGCCGAUGGUGUGCUGAAGGAGGCAACUUGAUCUGUUGUGACUUCUGUAGUAAUGCCUUCUGCAAGAAGUGUAUUCUCAGAAAUCUGGGAAGGAAGGAGCUGUCUGGCAUCUUGGAAAGCAAAUGGUACUGCUAUGUGUGCAGCCCAGAGACCCUUUUUGACCUGGUGAUGGCCUGUGACAAUGUGCUUGAGAACAUGGAGCAUCUGUGGUAUCAGCAGCGCAGGAAGAACCGAGUAGAGCCGGAGAAAUCUGACCUUUACGCCAUGUUGCCACACCUGCCACAAAACAUUCCCUUGGAUAAAUGGGAUCACACUGGAAUGGAUGGUAGUGUGGUGUUCAACUAUAACACACUGCAGAUUUCAAAGGAUGUUACCAAAAAGGCCAAACAUUUAGUGGACUCGACAAACAUCUUAAACCGGACAUUUGUCAACUUCAUUCAUUCUGUGACGGCAAACCAACAAGCACCUCCUGUUCGCACUCUGUACCUUAACUCUUUUCUGUCAGUAGUUAAAGGCUUGCGAAAAUCCCUUGCAGCACUGGAGGAUAGCUUGAAGGAAGAAUUCAGUGACUUGGAUGUAAUGAGCUGUUGGGAAAAGUUCUUUAGUGAGGACUUUAAUGCACAACCUGGAGCAGAUGCAGAGACAGAUAACCCAGAUAAAAGGUGCUUGAGUGACUUGCAGAAAUUGGCAGCUGAACAUUUGGAAGAUUAUGAUUCGGACUCUAAAGGCUUCAUUGCUGGGAGAACCGCACAUGCCUGCCCUGGGACAAACUUGGAUUCAGAUUCACACGGAGUGAGACCGAGGGCACAAAAGAUUGUCCUGAAGCCUUCAACAAGUGGGGUCAACAUGACUAAAAAACUAGUAGUAAAACUUACACCUGUACCAAUGGAGCAGGGGCCAUCCUCUGAUGCCCCAGAGAAGGACAUCCACAUGAGCGAUAAGUCAGAGGGAAAGGAUGUGUCGGACUCUGAAGAGACGGGUGUUGUCGGCGCUAAAGCUGACAGCAAGAUGAGUAAUGACAGCUCUAUUGCAUCUCUACACACAGAAGAGGAACAAGGCAAUAGACGCUCUCCUCGCGUGAAGACGACGCCUUUGCGUCGACCGAGUGACGUCAAGGCCAAAACGUCUUCAGCAGCAGACAGUGACAGUGACUCUGACCCGGAGGAAACCUGCAGCUCAGCACCAGCCAAAAACACUGAAGAACAAAGUGAGAACAGAGCAAGAGACGACUCUGACUCAGAUGAAGUCCCUGCAGCUCUGCUUGAGCGAGCAGCUAUAACGCAAAGCUCUGAUGAACCUCAGAGUGAUGAGAACGGUGGAAAAGCCUCAACUAAGGUGGCCAAGAAAUGUCUCUUUUGGCUCACUAAGAACAGCCCAAUCUCACCGGAGAAGAUGCGCCGCAAACGCAAAAUGUUGGACCGCUCCCCCGAGUCUGACUCGAGUAACAGAAGCGUAAAAUCACGAAGGGGCAGUGGGACAGAUUCCUCUCGUGAUCAAAAUUCACAGAAAAUACAACACUUGAAUACGCUGAGGCCAAUAGGGAAGUCUCACCUCGUCAAACGAGAGGAUGAAGACGUGGCUAGAAACCAGGGUAGGAUACAGCCUGGAAAGUCUAAGGCUAAAUCUCAUCAGAAGGCAAUGGAGUCGUCAUCCUCGUCAAACGAUGAUGAUGACGAUGAUGAUGAUGACGACGAUGACGACGGCGACGACGACUCUGGGAGCGAAGGAAGUGAUCAGAAGAUGAAGCCAAUCACUGAAGAUGUGGCCUUACUGGGAGCAGCAGCUUUCCACCAAUCAUCGGGAGACGAGGAGCACUCUGGGCCCUCGUGGGCAGCAGAAGAUGAUGAUGAUGAUGAUGAUGAUCCAGAAAAUAGAAUCGCUAAGAAAAUGCUAUUGGCCCAAAUCAAAGCCAACUACUCCUCGGGCGAUGAUAUCUCUUCGGAUGAGGAGACGCCGGAGGAGGAGAAGGUCAAACAAGGAAAUGAAACGGAUGAAAAUGGGGAAGAAUUAACUUCAGACUCCUCUGACACCACGUCUAAUGGGCCCAACUCCAGGCACCAUCUUCUCCGCCUCAAACUAACCUUAGACGAGGGAACGCCAAGCGACGAGCCAGAGAGCGUUGUGGCGAAACCGGCGAGCAAGAAAAGAGCCAGCAGCAAACACCUGAGCUCUGAUAGUGAAAGUGAGGAGGACACAAACGAGUCGGAUUCGCAGGAUAUUGGGAUGAGCGAGGAAUUGAGUCAGUCAGAGGAUGAGGCCGGUGGAAACGGACUCAAAAGCUCCAGAUUAUCCAGUAAGGGGAAGGAGGCCCCCCCUAGUUACGAGCAGAAGAAACCAGUGCCCUGCAUUUGGUUGUCUGACUCCAACAGUGAAAAGAGUGAUAAAGAGGAUGACGAUGAGGAGAACAGCGACAGUAAAGGCACUCCUAAAGGACGCAAGAAGAUCCGCAAAAUCAUUGACGACGAGAAUCUCCGUGCUGAGACCCAGGAAGCCGUCCGAGAGGAGCAGGAGAGAUGCAAGCGUCUGGCAAGCAGGGAGCAACAGAUGGAGGACAGGAGAGAGAGUAUUGUUAUCGAGGAUGAGCUGACUCAAGUGGUGUGCCCCAUCACCACCAAGCUGAUCCUGGAUCAGGAUGAGACGACCAAAAAGCCUCUUGUUCAGGUGCACAGGAACCUGGUGACGAGGCUGAAGCCUCACCAGGUGGACGGUGUCCAGUUUAUUUGGGACAGUUGCUGUGAGUCUGUGAAGAAGGCCAACUCUUCUCCUGGAACAGGCUGCAUAUUGGCUCACUGCAUGGGCCUGGGAAAGACUCUGCAGGUGGUAACUUUCCUCCACACGGUGCUGCUGUCAGAGAACCUGAAAUUCCGAACGGCCCUGGUCGUGUGUCCGCUUAACACCAUCCUCAACUGGGACAGCGAGUUCAAGAAAUGGCAAAGCAACAUGCAACAGGAUCAAGUAAAAGUCACAGAACUGGCCUCAGUGAAGAAUGUUAGAGAACGAAUCAGGGCUCUGCAGAGGUGGCGGAGAGACGGAGGUGUUAUGAUUAUGGGAUACGAGAUGUACCGCAACAUGUCGCUAGCCCAGAUGGUCAAGGAUCAGGAGUGCAAGAAAGAUUUAAAGAGCCUACUGGUGAAUCCAGGUCCAGACUUUGUGGUGUGUGACGAGGGACACAUCCUGCGCAAUGAAAGAUCCAACAUCUCCAAAUCUAUGAACGCCAUCAGGACCCAGCGGAGAGUGGUGCUGACUGGCACACCACUCCAAAACAACCUGAAUGAGUACCACUGCAUGGUCAAUUUCAUCAAGAGGAAUCUACUGGGCUCGCUGGGCGAGUUCAGGAACCGCUUCAUCAACCCCAUACAGAACGGCCAGUGUGCCGACUCCACAUCGAGAGACGUCCGGAUCAUGAAGAAACGAGCACAUGUGCUUCAUGCAAUGUUGGUUGGAUGUGUGCAGAGAAGAGAUUACUCCGAGUUGACUCAGUUUCUGCCUCCCAAACACGAGUAUGUGCUGGAGGUGAGGGUCACCCCACAUCAGUACAGGUUGUACCGCUACUACCUUGACCACGUCACCGGUGUGAGCUCCCUGACGAACACAGCUAAGGGGAAGAUUGGAGCAAACCUGUUCAAGGACUUUCAGGCGCUCAGCCGCAUCUGGACUCAUCCGUGGUGCCUUCAGCUCAACUACAUCAGCAAAGAGAACAAGAGCUAUUUUAAAAAGAACAAAACGAAAGCGGCAGCUGUGCAGAGGAACGAAGCUGAGAGAGCACUGAGAGAGAACGCAGGAAAAGAGGGGAACAACAAUGACGGCAGUGCAGCCGUGACUGUCGGGGUGUCCACAGGCGCUGCAGCUGUGGAUGAGUGCUGGUUCAAGAAUCUGCUUUCUGAGGAGGACGCCAACAUCAUGGAGCACUCGGGGAAGAUGGUGCUCCUGUUUAAGAUCCUCAGAAUGGCUGAAGACUUGGACGAUAAAGUGCUUGUGUUUAGUCAGUCUUUGAUCUCGUUGGACCUGAUUGAGGAUUUCCUCAAGGCUUCUCACCAUGCCAGAGACCCAUCGUUAUUAAAAGAGGGCAGCUGGAUUAAAAACGUGGAUUACUAUCGUCUGGAUGGCUCCACCAAUGCUAUGUUAAGGAAGAAAUGGGCAGAUCAGUUCAAUAAUGUCUCCAAUGUUCGCGGCCGGUUAUUUCUCAUCUCAACGAGAGCUGGCUCACUCGGCAUCAACCUCGUUGCAGCCAACCGGGUCAUCAUCUUUGAUGCCUCGUGGAAUCCCUCAAAUGACAUCCAGAGCAUUUACAGAGUGUACCGCUUCGGUCAACUGAAACACGUGUUUGUUUACCGCUUCUUGGCGCAGGGCACCAUGGAGGAGAAGAUCUAUGAUCGUCAGGUGACCAAGCAGUCUUUGGCCAAUCGAGUGGUGGAUCAGCAGCAGAUCGAGAGGCACUACACCCUUUUUGAACUGACUGAACUUUACACAUUUGAGCCAGACAUGCUGGACGACCCAAACUCCAAGAAAAGCAAAAGAUCCACCUCUGUUCUGCCAAAGGAUAAUAUCUUGGCACGACUAUUACAAACAUCUAAAGACCAGAUAGUGGCUUUCCAUGAGCACGAGUCUCUGUUGGACCAUAAACAAGAGGAGGAGCUCAGUGAGGCGGAGCGGAAAGAUGCCUGGGCCGAGUACGAGGCCGAGUCUUCAAACCUUCCAACCAGCUUGAACCAGAAAACCUUGGAUACAAAGACCAAUGAAGAGCUAGUGGAAUUGCUGAACAAGAGCAGAGCAGAUGUAUCGGUGGCCUUCCUGUCAAUGCAGAGGAUGAUGUCUCACACCGUUGAGGUCUACGUCGCCAAAGUGCGGCAACAGCAUCCUCAGCUGCCCGAGGACGCGGUUAGAGACAAAGCUGGGACUUGGAAAAUGUUGGAUGAGAAGGAGCAGGAACGUAAACGGGCCUUCUAUCGCGACAUCCUUGCACAGCAACAAGCACUCACGCUCGGCAUCCAGGCCAUACUGAACAGUCGGAGGAACAGUAGUCUGCAGCCUGGACAGACGUGAACAAGAACCCACGGGAGACGGGAACGUACGCCUUUCCACUCUGGCUCAAGAGGGAAUCAAUGAACAGCAACACAUUAUUAUUUUGCUAAUCCUUUUAAGUGUAAUGCACUAACUUACACAUGAUUAUGUUGUACAUGUCUUUCUAUAGAUUUUGCUGCUUUGUUGUGUUCUUAUAAUUGUAAUAAAAUAACAGACAAUUGGUUAUUUAAAAAUGGUGUCCAUGUUUGUCAACCAGCAACAGGCCAUGACAUAUUUUUUAUAUGGUAGAAUAGCUCCAAGUGUUAAUAGUGAUUAUAUCUGUUCAUAAGGAGGAAAACAUUUUAUUUUAAGAAUUUCUUCCUCUAAAAUCCAAUUAAUAUUUAGUAGCUUAAAUGUUGUGAUCUCCCCCCGUGAUUAAUCAUAAAAACAGAGCAGCUGUUCAGCCCCCGUGCCUGUAAGUU